AUGGAAAAGUUAGGAGAAUAAAGAAAGGAAUAAGCUGAGAAUGCAUUCUUAUAGAUGGCAGAUCAUCCAUCUGUUGGUCCAGCUAUUUGUGUCUAGCAUUUAAUUAAAGGUUUUGUUGGAAAAUAAAAACUGCAAAGUUCUACUAAGCAUAUCGUCGGAAGAUUGGCUAUGUUAACAGAACUAGUGAAGAGAUAUGAAAUCAAUAAUGCUAAUAUGCCAUAUUAACCCAUUGUUGAUUUUGCAGUGAAAUUGUUGGAUGAUAAAAAUGAACCCAUUAGAACUUAAGCCAUCUUACUGCUGGUAGAGGUGUAUAAGUUUUCUGGGAAUAGACUUAAGCAAUCUUUGACAAAUGUAAGAUAAGCCCAAUUGGAUGUGUUAGAAGAUUUCUUUAACAAAAUCGAUGGAGGUGGGGAUAUUGAUGAUCAUCAACCUUAAGCCAAUUAAUAAAGAGCAAUCAUUCAAACUAAUAUUGAAACUUAAGGAGCCAAAAAGGGGAAUCAGAAUCAGACAUAGAAUUAAAAACCAUAGUAGUAAUAAAAAUAAUAAUAAUAAUAAUAACAAUAAUAAUAAUAUGACUAACAUAAUACAGCCAAAUGCGAUUAUUGCGAUAGAGUUGAUCCCUCCUUCAGAGAUUCAGAUCAAAUAGAUAAGCAUCUUUGGUCAGAAUGUCCUAUGUUAGUUACAUGUUCAUAAUGUGGACAAGUAAUCGAGAUAGCAGAAUUAACUAAUCAUUUGUUGAGUGAAUGCGAUCAUAAGAGGAAGUUUAAGAGAUGUCCCAAAUGCAAAGAGGCUAUUCUAUUGAGUGGUUAUGACAAACAUUUGGAGGAUUGCAGAGGCAGAAAUGAUAAUACAACAGUGAGAUGUCCUUUGUGUCAUUAAGAUUUGAAAUUGGAGAAAAACACAUGGAAAAAUCAUUUGAUCAAACAAGGGUGUCUAAAUAAUGAAAGAACUGCUGGUUGAUCUAAUCAUUUAUACAUUCUAUACUCAAUAUUUAUUAAUUAUUUCU